CUGACUUUGUGAAAAAGGAAUUAAUAAGAUUCCCCGGCUCCAAAAGUGUGUAGCAUAGGGCGCUCGAGUUUGCAGUUUCGCCUGGGUGCUGUCGAGGGGCGGCCAGGGAAAAUGAGCGCCCAGCAGUGCCGGAGAGCCUGGCUGCACCAAGUUGCUCGCAGCGCCCGAGGCCUUCUCUGGGCUCCGCAGGUGGGACUCCGGCGCGUCCCUCCGCUCGGCUUCCCGAGUUGCUGGACGAGGCGCCCGCCUGCAGCCCGGCUCCUCCUCCCGCUCAGCCGCUCGUUGUCCUCGCGAGCAGCCGCUCCUGGAGGCGACUAUGAGGCGGUUUUCAGGGCGUCGGUGGAGGAGCCCGAGAAACACUGGGCUGAAGCAGCUCAGGGCAUCGAGUGGCACAAGCCCUGGGCUCAAACCAUGCAGAGGAGAGAUCCCUACAGCACCUCCUGGUUUGUUGGGGGAGAGCUGAAUAUUUGUUAUAAUGCUAUAGAUCGCCAUGUCAAGAAUGGACAAGGGGACCAGAUUGCUAUCAUCCACGACAGUCCUGUAACAAACGCUAAAGAGUUUAUAACUUACAAAGAACUUCUUGAACAGGUUUCCAAGCUAUCUGGUGUCAUGAGGAGCCACGGUGUGAAGAAGGGAGACCGUGUUGUCAUCUACAUGCCAAUGAUUCCACAGACGAUGUACACAAUGCUGGCGUGUGCAAGAAUAGGAGCUAUUCAUAGUCUCAUUUUCGGCGGAUUUGCUUCAAAAGAGCUUUCAAGUCGCAUUGAUCAUGCCAAGCCCAAACUGGUGGUAACGGCAAAUUUCGGAAUAGAACCUGGAAGAAAAGUCGAAUACAUACCACUUUUAGAGAAAGCGUUGGAGAUGAUUGAGCACCAACCUGACAAAGUUCUGGUUUAUAGCCGCCCUAACAUGGGAGAUGUUGCUCUUAAACCAGGGCGUGACCUGGACUGGCAUGAAGAAAUGGCGAAAGCAAAGCCAUGUGACUGUGUCCCUGUCCUUUCGGACCAUCCACUUUAUAUUCUGUAUACAUCAGGAACAACUGGCACCCCCAAGGGUGUUGUUCGACCAACAGGUGGCUAUGCCGUUAUGUUAAACUGGACCAUGUCAGCUGUUUACGGCCUUAAAUCUAAAGAGGUUUGGUGGGCAGCAUCUGAUUUAGGCUGGGUGGUUGGCCAUUCUUAUAUCUGUUACGGACCUCUCUUGCACGGGAACACAACGGUUUUAUACGAGGGGAAGCCUGUGGGAACUCCAGACGCUGGAGCGUUUUUCCGUGUGCUUGCAGAGCAUGGAGUCGUUGCCUUGUUUACUGCACCGACUGCAAUUAGAGCAAUCCGUCAACAGGACCCCGAGGCUAACUUGGGGAAACAGCACAGCCUGACAAGGUUCCGAACACUCUUUGUAGCUGGUGAACGCUGUGAUGUGGAUACGUUAGAAUGGUGCAAGAAAAUCUUCAAGGUUCCGGUUUUGGAUCACUGGUGGCAAACUGAAACAGGAUCUCCAAUAACAGCUUCCUGUGUUGGCUUAGGGAACUCGCUAACUCCUCCCUCAGGACAGACAGGAAAACUGGUGCCUGGAUACAAUGUAAUGAUUCUGGAUGAUGACAAGCAAGCUGUAAAAGCGAAGACUUUAGGAAAUAUUGUGGUGAAGCUGCCUUUGCCUCCAGGAGCCUUUCUGGGCCUUUGGAAAAAUGAGGAUCUGUACAAGGAAAUGUACUUCCAGAAAUUUCCAGGGUACUAUAAUACUAUGGAUGCAGGGUAUAUGGAUGCAGAGGGCUAUUUGUAUGUGAUGUCUCGAGUGGAUGACGUGAUCAAUGUUGCAGGUCAUAGGAUUUCAGCAGGCGCAAUUGAGGAGGCUGUUCUCUCCCAUAGCGCUGUGGCAGAUUGUGCAGUUGUUGGCCACGAAGACUCCUUAAAGGGCCACGUCCCACUCGCUCUGUGCGUCCUAAGAAACGGAGUAAACACUGAAGAGGAAAAGCUUUUGGAUGAAAUCGUAAACAGAGUUAGAGAAAAUAUUGGCCCCGUGGCAGCCUUCCGGAAAGCAGUGUUUGUUAAACAGUUACCAAAGACACGUUCUGGCAAGAUACCACGGUCAACUCUUUCUUCCUUGGUAAAUGGCAAGCCAUACAAGAUAACUCCAACCAUUGAGGACCCGGCUGUGUUUAAACACGUAGAAGAAAUGCUGAAGACCAAGUUAAAGUAAUGGUUUAAAACCUAUUAAGAUCUGAAAAUACCUGGAAAACUUAACUGCAUUUAAUUAAGCCAGGAGUAUCAUGUAAAUCAAAUUACAUUGGGACUAAUUUUAUUUCUGCAAAAGUGUCGCUAGGCCUUAUACCGCAGUGGCAAGUAAUUAAUAUUGGAUUGCUGGUGUAAUGAUUUAUGGUGGGUAUUCAAACAGUUUCUCUGAGGCUCAAAUAGCUAUUAAAAUAAUCGCAUUUGCAACUUUCAUGCUGCUCCAAACCUAUAUCAAAUGCAAAGAUGAAGCACACCCAGCCAAAAUUUUAGCACUUUUAGGCCCCAUCAAUUUCAGUGCAACACUUAAUCCAUGUGCUCAUAUGGUACUUCUUCCAUUGAAUUCAGGGGAAAUUUAAGUGUGCUUAUAUAUUAAUAUUGUUUCAAGAGGUGGGCAGAGCAAUCCUAACUUCCACAUCCAUUGGCUGGAGGGGGCAAGGGUGGAGCAGAGGCUGCCGCCUAGCUUUGUGUGUAUAGAAUUACCACUGUUGGUUCUUUUGUAGCCAGAGUCAGGGUGAGGCCGGGGUAGGGUGGAAGCAGCCUCGAAUCUGCUGGAUGCAAGGCUUCUUCAUUCAUUGGAGGGUUCCCAGGAACAGUGUUCCCUCCACAGAACCCUGAAGCCGGUUUAUCUAAAGUCCCACCCCCCUAUUGGAAUCAACUGGAAGAUUGAGGGUGUGGGCAAAGAUCCACACAGCAAAGGAAAAGUCUGCCUGCUUCGCUGCCCUGGCUGCCACAAGCAAGCAAGGUUUAGAAGUGGAGGUCAAUUUUCAGCUUUACACCCAUGCACCCAUGCAAACACAUUCACCACCUCAGGUCUGCACUCUAAGGCAGUGUUUCCCAACCUUGUGCCUCCAGCUGUUUUUGGCUACAACUCCCAUCAUCCCUAGCUAGCAAGAUCAGUGGUCAGGAAUGAUGGGAAUUGUAGUCCGAAAACAGCUGGAGGCACAAGGUUGGGAAACACUGCUCUAAGGUAACAAAUGAAACUAUUGUUUACAAGUUUAGAGCCAUGAGAAUAAAAUUUACCAUUUUUAUUUUGAGUUGUUUAGAUUAUAUAUCACACCCAAUACAUCCCCCCCCUUCAUGCAUAUUUGCAAGCUACAUUCGGAAAUCCAAAUCACUAGAACCCAUUUAAUACUUAACGGCAAUCAAGCAGCAGAGAAGACUCUUGGGUCUUGCUGGCUGUAUGCUGAACUUCCUGUCCAAGGGUGCAAUUUUGUCUCUUCACUGUAAUAGAGUGAGCUCUGCACCUAUCUGGAUCCAGAUCAGUACUUCAAGUCCAGCAAGUGAUUAUCCUGAUCAGCACAGAGAACAAGACUGGAAAUAUUUUAUAUUGUAUUUUAUAUUGUCCUGUAAGUACAAGUUCAUCCCAGAAAAUGGAAGUGAUGCUGAAUACCUUUAGAACGACCAUUCCUCAGUGGUGUAGCACACACUUUUACACUGAAGGCCCUCUUUUUGGUCUCUGGCAUCUCCAGCUACGGCUGAGAAAACCUGGAUAAAUGCUGCUAAUCAUUGUAAUAGAUAGUUAGAUGGACCAAUGAUCUGACUUUGUAUAAACCAGUUUCCUGUGUAGAAGCAAUGCCAUUUUUUGUUCUGUUUAAUACAGUUUCAGUCUUAGUACUCAAGGUGCAAACUUUCACAUGCUUGUUUAUUCAACCUUAGUUUGCUUUAAGACAUCUGUUGAAUAUUUUGGCUUCACAGACUGAACAGCAGAGUCUUCAUAGAGCUUUGAUUAGAGUCAAUCAAAUGGUUAGAAAUAGCACAUAGUAUUGCCUUCGUAGAACUGCAGUUCAGCAUGCAUGUGAAAAAUGUUUACGUUUCUCCCACUUCAGAAGCACAUUUAAAGUAGCUGGUGGUGGUUGGAAAGCAGCAUUAUUGUAGCAGGUGAGGGGGGUGGGAUUGGGGAGAAUCACAGAAUUGUAGAGUUGAAAGGGACCAUAAGGGUCAUCUAGUUCAACCCAAAUCUUCUGUCCAAUGUAGAGCAAAUUCCAUCUCAGAUACCCUGGUGGUGUAUUCAGUUUGGCUUAAAGUCUCUCUCCCCUUCACAUAGACGGGACUUAAACAUGACCUUGUACAUGCAUGGG